GCUGGAGGCUAUCAAGCUGAGGCUAUCAAGCUGGAGGCUAUCAAGCUGAGGCUAUCAAGCUGGAGGCUAUCAAGCUGAGGCUAUCAAGCUGGAGGCUAUCAAGCUGAGGCUAUCCAUCACUCUCAAAGAACGGAGGUCAUACUUCAGGAGGGGAACUAACCCAGCUACACAAAUCAAUUCUCCCGAUUGUUGUUGACCACUUUACCAACCUGGGCAGAACAGCGAUGCGUCACUGUCCAGAGAAAUAGACAGCCGUCUAGCAAAGGUCAUCUCAAACUGAGAGUAUGGCGGAAUAGGUUUCUAAAACCAGUGGUUCUCACCACACUUUUGAAUGGUUUCGAGACCCGGGUGCUUUAUCGAAGGCAUUUAAGGCUCCUCAAACGCUUCCAUCCAAGGUGCAUUCGCUUCAUAAUGGGAGGGAAAUUCCACACACCACCUAGACACUUGAUGAAAUGUCACACACCACCUAGACACUUGAUGAAAUGCCACACACCACCUAGACACUUGAUGAAAUGUCACACACCACCUAGACACUUGAUGAAAUGUCACACACCACCUAGACACUUGAUGAAAUGUCACACACCACCUAGACACUUGAUGAAAUGUCACACACCACCUAGACACUUGAUGAAAUGUCACACACCACCUAGACACUUGAUGAAAUGUCACACACCACCUAGACACUUGAUACGAACCGGUUUUGACAGAAUGGCAGCCCAUAGAUUGCUAUUCACGAAAAAACAACAACCUAGCAGUGGUCAGGUUGCAAGUAUGUUAGCACUAGUGAGCACCUAGAGAAGGUCAAAGAGAAACUUGUGUAGGAAAUGUCCUGCGGACCUGUACGACAGUUUACGUGAUCAAUAAGUCCGUCAGGGUUGUUAAGUUAGAGGGGUCCCAAACAGAGGACUCAUUAGAACUAAUGUUGGCCUUACCAAGUUUAAAUAGCAUUUUAAUUUAAAGUUUUUUUUAUUUGAUUGGCACUCAUUUAUUUUAAUUAACCUAAUGCUUUAUUUUUUUUUUGUUAAUGUUUGCACUAUGGGAUUCUAUGAUAACAUUUAAUUUAUUCUAACACCUAGAGAUUUGGGUACGUGUAGCUGGUUUACUACAAGUUAUUGUUUGGUACUCUCUACUCUCUACAAUCUAGUUUAUUUAUACUUCAAGACAGUCAUGUUGAUUGGACUUCUAUACAGUCUUUUUUUUUUACUUCUAUACAUAUAUAUAAAGCUAGUCUUCGAGUCCGAAGAUCAGUGAAGAAUACAGCAUUUCCCGUGGCUGCGCAGCCUCAGCUGUGACCUACAUAUUUUGCCACAUCUAGGGCAAGCCUAACCAUUGUCCGCAGGUGGUCGAUUUAGAUUUUCUUUUCGUCGUCUGCUUUGUCCUCGACAGUAGAUUUUCUUUUGGUCUCAAAUGUGUAUCCCGCGGCCUUCGUGAGUGACCUCCUGCUGUCUCGUUCUGAGGCCGCAUGCAGCCAGGUCCUCUCUUCUAUGUCAGCCAAGGAAAGUUGACGUCUUAGCUGGUCUUUGAAUAGUUUCCGUGGGGCGCCUCUGUUACGUCGACCACCUUUUAGCUCACCAAAAAAGAUCGCCUUUGGCAUACGUUCGUCUCCCAUAAGGGAUACGUGCCCUGCCCAACGUAGCUGUCGGACCAUAAGUGUAGUUUAUUGGACUUCUAUACAGUCUAAUUUAUUGAACCUAUACAGUCUAUUGGACCUAUACAGUCUAUUGGACCUAUACAGUCUAUUGGACCUAUACAGUCUAUUGGACCUAUACAGUCUAUUGGACCUAUACAGUCUAUUGUAUCUAUACAAUCUAGUUUAUUGGUUUAUUCGACUUUCUCUUCUAAUGACUCUGGCCUUGACAAAUCCAGGGGAGGUAAUUCUCAAGUUUUGUAGGAACGAUCUAGUUUUCUCUACUAACAAAAAAAAAAUAAAUAUUUAAAGUGAAAAAAAAAUCCCUUGGAGUUGAUGUAACAACAGACUUAUUUUAAUAUCCAAGUUUUAGCCUGUGUGGUUCGGAUAAAUGUUCAAAAUAUCUGCAUGGAGAAUCGAUUACUCAAUUUAGUAUCGCUCUAUACUUAGGCUCGUUUAUUAUGAGUAAAAAAAAAGUUGCAUCAAAGGCAUCCUAUCGAUUUCGGUUAUUAUUGAUUUGUCACCGAUCCCUGCCUCCUAAAUAAUCAAUCAGAUUUGGUUCGAUCUUGUCAUCUGAUACAAUAAAUUGAGUUUCCUGCUUAGUUAGAGAGUUGUUUUCUAGGUGACUAGCCUGUAAUCUCUAGUCUAAAGUAGUAUCGCUGGAGUGAUAAGUUAAACAAAAUGUUUUAUUAAAUUGAUCUAUGGACUCAAUGUCAUAUCAACUCAACUUACAGACACAGAUAUUUUCUGUAGGAAGCUCUGUGAUAAAAUUUCUUUGAUUCAAAUGUAACAUCAGUAAGUUUACAGUAACCAGUCAUCUUGAAAGUAACACGAGUCUUGAUGGAAGAUACCAUGACUGAAUCCUUCAACCAAUUUAAAGAUGAUUCCAGACCAGCAUUUAUCAGGCUUCCGUAUACAGUAGGUAUCUACCUUGAUGCUCUUGACGCUCGACCUGACAAAGACAUCAAUGUUGGUUCUCAUCACGCUUUUAUGAUGGAGGUGAUGGACCAAAUGUUUCAACAUUUCAAGACGUUGGAUCUCUCUCAACUGAAAGGUCACUUGCUGGCAAGACGAGCUGCAGAAGGGAUGAUUCUAGAAGGGUUUCGAUCAGGCUGUGUCUUGGCUGUUACAUUUGACACAUUGGACGCUGUGGACAACCUUUGGACCCUGUACAUUAAAGGAAAGCUGACACCGAUCUUUCAGGAUCUACUAGUGGACCAAGCGUUAUUGAAGGCGACCAAGACAGUAAAGAUCUCGCUCAGGUCGAAACUGUGGGAGGAUGAGUAUAAGUCGUGUUUAAACGAAAUCACCACAAGAUCCACAGUUAGACAAAGGCUUUCCAGUUUUGAGAAUGACUUCAAGAUGGUCUGUCGGAUAAAGCAGUCGCAACAAAAUAUGCCAGGAAUCAUCGCCAAGGCCAGGGAACACGAAAGUCAAUUCGAGCGCAACCUCGGAGAGUUUAUGCUGACCUUAAAACGAACCCUCCCACCAAACAUGACAGUCCUGAAAAACUUGAAAGAAUUUUCGACUAACAUCCGAGUAGCGAAAGGAAUCAAGAAAACAGGCUUUGAGUCAGUAGAUCAGUUCUUGAAAGCCUUGGAAUUUUUUAGACAGACAUUUGCAGAGAUUGAGAAGCAGACAAUCAAUCCUUUGUGCCAAGUGAGAGCUGUCUGUGAACAUGAGAAACAAGUGGAGUUCAAGAAACAGAUCCGAGACUCCUGGGCCGAAAUGACGUCACUGCUGAAGCAGGACUCUGAUCUCAGUCAGGCCAAGUACAAAGACUGGGAAAGGAAAGUUUUAAAAAUGGAGCACGCAUUGUUUUUUGGCUUAAUAAGUUUGAUACCUUUAAGUUUGGACCGAUUGACUACCAUUGACGUCAGCACUGAUGAAUACAUUAUGGCCUUUCCAGAGAUGGCGGAGUAAAUGUGAGAGUUACAUUACACGAGUGUGUGAGAUGGAGGCUGUGUGAGAUGAAGGCUGUGUGAGAUGGAGGCUGUGUGAGAUGGAGGCUGUGUGAGAUGGAGGCUGUGUGAGAUGGAGGCUGUGUGAGAUGAAGACUGUGUGAGAUGGAGGCUGUGUGAGAUGGAGGCUGUGUGAGAUGGAGGCUGUGUGAGAUGGAGGCUGUGUGAGAUGAAGACUGUGUGAGAUGGAGACUGUGUGAGAUGAAGACUGUGUGAGAUGAAGACUGUGUGAGAUGGAGGUUGUGUGAGAUGAAGACUGUGUGAGAUGAAGACUGUGUGAGAUGAAGGCUGUGUGAGAUGGAGGCUGUGUGAGAUGGAGGCUGUGUGAGAUGGAGGCUGUGUGAGAUGAAGACUGUGUGAGAUGAAGACUGUGUGAGAUGGAGGCUGUGUGAGAUGAAGGCUGUGUGAGAUGGAGGCUGUGUGAGAUGGAGGCUGUGUGAGAUGGAGGCUGUGUGAGAUGGAGGCUGUGUGAGAUGGAGGCUGUGUGAGAUGGAGGCUGUGUGAGAUGGAGGCUGUGUGAGAUGGAGGCUGUGUGAGAUGGAGGCUGUGUGAGAUGGAGGCUGUGUGAGAUGGAGGCUGUGUGAGAUGGAGGCUGUGUGAGAUGAAGACUGUGUGAGAUGGAGGCUGUGUGAGAUGGAGGCUGUGUGAGAUGGAGGCUGUGUGAGAUGAAGACUGUGUGAGAUGGAGACUGUGUGAGAUGAAGACUGUGUGAGAUAGAGGCUGUGUGAGAUGAAGGCUGUGUGAGAUGGAGGCUGUGUGAGAUGGAGGCUGUGUGAGAUGGAGGCUGUGUGAGAUGGAGGCUGUGUGAGAUGGAGGCUGUGUGAGAUGAAGACUGUGUGAGAUGGAGGCUGUGUGAGAUGGAGGCUGUGUGAGAUAGAGGCUGUGUGAGAUGGAGGCUGUGUGAGAUAGAGGCUGUGUGAGAUGGAGGCUGUGUGAGAUAGAGGCUGUGUGAGAUGAAGGCUGUGUGAGAUGGAGGCUGUGUGAGAUGGAGGCUGUGUGAGAUGGAGGCUGUGUGAGAUGGAGGCUGUGUGAGAUGGAGGCUGUGUGAGAUGGAGGCUGUGUGAGAUGAAGACUGUGUGAGAUGAAGACUGUGUGAGAUGGAGGCUGUGUGAGAUGGAGGCUGUCAGAGAUGGAGGCUGUGUGAGAUGAAGACUGUGUGAGAUGGAGGCUGUGUGAGAUGGAGGCUGUGUGAGAUAGAGGCUGUGUGAGAUAGAGGCUGUGUGAAUGAGAAUACAAGAUCAGGAAACUGAUUCUUGACGUAUUUCUUCAGUAUUAAACUAAAAAUAACAAAAAUAUAAUGCAUUUGAAUAUUUCAAAAGUAACAUUCAGACACUCAAGUAUGUUUUAAAUAACAAAUUUCUACAAGCAUUUGA